CCUAUUCUUCGCAAUAUAAGUUCAAAAAAAUUAUCCAAUCGUGAACUUGCCAUAUUUUGUAAAAAAUUACGGUAUGGCAGACAGAAGGUACGAACAUCUCACUGGAGAUGCAAACCCGGUGUAAACAAAGCCACAAGUCAUG